GAAGAGGAGGAUUAAGAAGAACAACAAACAACAAUAACAACAUAUAUAAACCCACACGCCAUUUCGCUCCCAUUAUCAUCAACAUCAUCAUCAACAUCAACCAACAUCACCUUUUUCCAAAAACCCUCCAAAAUCUAAUCCCACCACCCCAAAAACCAACCUCCCCAAAAAAUGCAAUUCUUCGCCCUCCUCACCACCGCUGCCCUCGCAGCCGCAGCCCCUUCAGUCCUCGAGACCCGGGGUGGAGAGAAAGUCUGCGCUAGUGGAGCACCAUAUUGUUGCCAAUUGGACGUUUUGGGCGUCGCUGCUGUUUCUUGCUCGGAUGUCCCCGGAAGCCCCAAGUCCGUCGAUGAAUUCAACAAGGAGUGCAAGCAUACGGGAUUGAGUGCUCAAUGCUGUGAAGUCGGUGGGAUUGCCGACCUCGCUCUUCUCUGCACUACUCCUUUGUAAAUUCCUCAUUGCCGGGAUGAAAAGGGGAAAGGAAUAUUAGUGAAAGUUGGGGUUUUGGGGGAAAAGUGUGGAUAGGGGAGGGGGUGGAGGAGGAGGAGAAGAAGAAGAAGAGGUGGGGAAGAUGUUGGUGGGAUUUUGAAAGGGGGAGCGAUGGUAUGACCUUAUAGCACACAUUCAUUCUUUAAUAGGGUUGCAACAGAGAAACCUCAUUACUAUUUUCUGAG